GAGUUAAUUUUAAAUCGGUACAAGAUGGCGGAGGGGGACGAGGCAGCGCGGAGGCAGCAGUCGCACGAGGGGCUGCGGCGCCGGAGGCGAACCAGCGACCCAAACAUCGGGGUUAACCACGUCUCGUCCACAACCCUCCUAGGUGAGAAUUAUGAAGAUGAUGACCUAGUAAACUCUGAUGAGGUUAUGAAGAAACCAUGUCCAGUACAGAUUGUUCUUGCACAUGAAGAUGACCAUAACUUUGAGCUUGAUGAAGAAGCUUUGGAGCAGAUAUUGCUACAGGAGCACAUACGAGAUCUUAACAUAGUAGUGGUAUCCGUGGCAGGAGCUUUUCGUAAAGGGAAAUCAUUUCUACUGGACUUCAUGCUUAGAUAUAUGUAUAACAAGGAUUCUCAAAGUUGGAUUGGUGGAAACAAUGAACCAUUGACUGGCUUUACAUGGCGAGGUGGUUGUGAAAGAGAAACAACAGGCAUACAAGUCUGGAAUGAAGUGUUUGUGAUCGACAGACCUAAUGGAACAAAAGUGGCUGUGCUGCUAAUGGACACCCAGGGUGCCUUUGAUAGCCAGUCUACUAUCAAAGAUUGUGCAACAGUGUUUGCUCUGAGCACUAUGACUAGCUCUGUCCAGGUGUAUAAUUUGUCUCAAAAUAUUCAAGAAGAUGAUCUUCAACACUUGCAAUUAUUUACAGAAUAUGGCAGACUUGCAAUGGAAGAAAUCUACCAGAAGCCAUUUCAGACACUAAUGUUUUUGAUUCGAGACUGGAGUUAUCCUUAUGAACAUUCAUAUGGUUUGGAAGGUGGAAAACAAUUCCUUGAAAAGAGAUUGCAGGUAAAACAAAAUCAACAUGAAGAGCUACAGAAUGUAAGGAAGCACAUUCACAAUUGUUUCUCAAAUCUUGGUUGCUUCCUUUUGCCACAUCCUGGUCUUAAAGUUGCAACUAAUCCUAGUUUUGAUGGGAGAUUGAAAGAUAUUGAUGAAGAGUUUAAACGAGAGCUUCGAAAUCUGGUUCCAUUGCUGCUUGCCCCAGAAAAUUUGGUAGAAAAAGAGAUAAGUGGAUCUAAAGUCACUUGUAGAGAUCUUGUAGAAUACUUUAAGGCUUACAUUAAAAUUUAUCAAGGAGAGGAACUUCCACAUCCAAAGUCCAUGCUUCAGGCAACAGCUGAAGCUAAUAAUCUUGCUGCAGUAGCAGGAGCAAGAGAGAUCUAUUGCAAAAGUAUGGAGCAGGUAUGUGGUGGGGACAAGCCUUACAUUGCACCUUCAGAUCUGGAGCGAAGACACCUGGAUCUCAAGGAAGUGGCGAUUAAACAGUUUCGUUCAGUAAAAAAAAUGGGUGGAGAUGAAUUCUGCCGUCGUUAUCAGGACCAGCUUGAGGCUGAAAUAGAAGAAACCUAUGCAAAUUUUAUAAAGCACAAUGAUGGCAAAAAUAUCUUCUAUGCUGCUCGUACCCCUGCCACACUGUUUGCAGUCAUGUUUGCUAUGUAUAUAAUCUCAGGACUGACUGGCUUCGUUGGCCUAAACUCUAUAGCCGUCUUGUGUAACCUUGUCAUGGGGUUAGCACUGACGUCUCUUUGUACUUGGGCAUAUGUUAAAUACUCUGGGGAGUUCAGAGAAAUUGGAACAAUGAUUGAUCAGAUUGCUGAAACACUAUGGGAACAGGUAUUGAAGCCCCUGGGUGAUAAUUUGAUGGAGGAAAACAUAAGGCAGUCUGUAACAAACUCUAUCAAAGCAGGCCUGACUGACCAGGUGUCUCAUCCUGCCAGAUUAAAGACAGACUGACAGUUCAUCUCCUCAUGGACUCCACUCUUUCUUUGUUUCAUGCUUGCUGUACAAUGAGAACUCAAAUAAAAAUAAACCAAAGUUUACAAUCAACUGUAGAAGUAGUUUAGUAUAACUGGCUUCACAGAUGGCUGCCACAGAGUGUGAAAGUGUUUGUUGGUUUUAAGCAUUCUGUUCAUGGCUCCUAAGGCAUGAAGACUGGCUGGGGAGCAUUAGUUUUCAUGCACACUUGUACCAUGUUUAAUUCUCUUUUUCCCCUUUUUACUUAAUCUAAUGUUAGUGAAAUUUGUCUUAUGUAAAGGAUAUUUCAGGGAAAUAUUUUAAGAAAUCUAUUUAGAGUCUCUUUAACACAGUGUCCCAUUGAAAUUUUAAUUUUUAGAGAAGCUAUGAAUCACUGUAUCAAGAAUCAGUUUGGGAUGACAAUGAAGCCUUUUAUUGAGCCACGACAUUAAAAGUAUCUAUUGCUUUACUGCCUUCAAUACCAGUAUUACAUAAAUGCAUGUAUCAGAAACUUCACAGAAAUUACAUGACAACUCUUGUAGCUAAGAAAGUGAUUCUGAGGUGUACAUUUGUCUUGCCUUUUUAAAUUUAUAAACCUGCCCUAAAAGGAGAUGCAUAUCUGGGAAACUGAACUGCCUUUAUGCAGUUUAGCCUUCAUGUACAUAAAAUAUGCCGUUAAUUUAUUGGGGGAGAAAUUCCAUCCAAAAAUGUUGCCUAUAGCUAUGAGUUAAGAGUGUCUAUACAGUGUGUAGCUUUUAUUUUCUAAAAUCACAGGUAGGGCAUGUAUAUGAAUUAUAAAUAUAUAAAUACGAUUUUGUAUUAAAAGUUUUGUAGUUUAUGACAAAAUCUGGUUCUGUGGUAGGCUAAUGAGUACAGUCCCUGUGAAGGAAUGUUUGUGGCUCAUGUCAGUGUGUGAAUGCAUAGACAAUUUGAAGUUUUUGAUAUAUUUGUGAUAUUUAUCUUCUUGAGCACUGCAAUCUCCCCACCCUCCCCACCCUCCCCCCAAGGGAAUUCAAUGGGAAUGUUUAUCGUGACUUUGUCCUCUGUUGCAUUUUAAAGUUCCUUCCUGUAAUUUAUUUUCAGUACAUAAUUAAAAAUUUGUAUAUAUAAAA